AUGUACUCCCUCAUGUCCCCAGCCAUUCUGCUAGGAUCUCUUUUCUUCUCAUUCCUAGCUGCGGCGAAUUCUUCUAUACCACAAGUUACCCUUCAAGGCUAUGGCACAUUCGCUGGCACAAACAUCUCCAGGACUUUGCUUGGAGACAGCCUUCCGCAACCCGUCAAUGCCUGGCUUGGAAUUGACUAUGCCGAGCAACCCGUAGGCGAUAGACGCUUCCGUCCUCUACAGUCUCAACCUCAAUCCCUCAAGGGCGUGCAAAAUGCUACAAAAUACGGAUCUGUUUGCUUGCAGGAUCUCAUGUAUCCUAACCCAGACGAACAAGAUGAGGCGUGCUUGAACUUCAAUGUCUUCCGUACACCUGGCGUACCGCUUAGCAAGAAGCUACCAACGCUGGUCUGGAUCCACGGUGGUGGUUUUGCAUCGUUCUCGGGACGAGAUUUCGAUGGUGCUUCUUUCGUUGCGUCUUCUGCUGAUCCGGUUGUUGUUGUCUCGUUCAACUACCGUCUCAAUGCCUUUGGAUUCCUACCAAGCAAGCUGUUCGAGCGUGAGGGACUUCUCAAUCUGGGUCUGCAAGACCAAUGCUUCUUCUUGCAGUUCCUGCAGAAACAACUUAGCUCGUUCGGAGGAGACCCUAGACAAAUCACACUUGGAGGUUUAUCAGCUGGUGCACACUCCACGGCAUUUCACUACUUCCAUAAUUACGGCUCUGAUAAGAAUAAGCCACUAUUCGCACGCGCGAUUCUUCAAUCUGGUUCAGCGACAGCUCGAUCGUUCCCCGGUGUCGACUAUCCAAGAUACAAGGAAGACUUCGCAGGUCUGAUGAAGUACAUCAACUGCUCCACUGACGAAAGCGACAAGGAGCAGAUGGGUUGUCUGCGCAGUGCACCCGCACAAAAGAUCAGGGAGUACUCGGCAAAGGCUUACGAGGAUGCUAAAGAUCAACUGAACUGGCCUUGGCAGCCGUCAAUUGGAGGCCCAAUGAUCGAGAAAGCGGGAUCUAAGAGUGAAGAAGAGGGCACGUUCCAUCAUCUUCCCAUCAUCACGACCUAUACCUCUAAUGAAGGAAAAUACUACACUCCCGGUAACUUGGAGACCAACGACGACUUUGUUCAAUUCUGGCACCGGAUUAGUCCUGGUCUCAAUAUCACAGAUCUCGCUCUCAUCAACGAGCUCUACCCAGACCCCGUAGCAUACCCUGACUCUCCAUGGGCCGGAUCCCCGAACAGCACUCAGUACAACCGCAUCUCAGCUGCAUGGUCCGACAUGGCGUACAUCUGUAUGAGCCGCCACACCGCCGUCACUACAUCAAGCGCAGGAGUUCCUACCUGGAGUCUCCAUUUCAACACUCCUGACUUUCCGUUGGUUGCGCAGUCGUGGAAGGGAAUUCCUCACGCCUCUGAUGCUGCAUACAUCUGGAAUGACCACCAUGUCCCUUAUCCCGAGACUGCGCGGAUUUACUAUCAGUAUAUCAACAGUUUUGUCUUGACGGGUGAUCCUAACAAGAAGAGGUUGGAUGGAACUGUGGAGUGGCCGCAGUAUAAGACGGGUGAGAAGGGAAGCGCGUAUGCGAAGCAGCUUUUGGUAAAUCCUGGGAACUUCACUGUUGUGGAGGAGGACAGAGGCAGGGGAAGGCAGUCGCGUCGCCAUGAUACACUCUUGGACUUCCUUGUCAAGGCCAGUAAACUUGACCACGAUGGAGGUCACUCCAGCAGCCGAAGCACCAGCUGCAUAUACCUGAGCGAGGAGGUUGAGGAAUAUGUCUAUGAGGAUGGUCUGGGACUUGGUCACAUGAUCCUGGCUUCUACUCGGGGGGAGUAUUCACUUGAGCCCUACAAACAUAUGGCCAUGAAUCAAACAGACACCAGCUCAGAGACCUCGACUUUUGAGAGGUUACCUAACGAGUUACUUGGUGCCAUUUGCGAUCUUCUGCCAAACAGCGACAUCAAAAAUCUUCGACUCUCCAGUCCUCUUCUCGGCCAGAACUGCCGGCUGCAGAUCAGUCGCGUUUUCAUAUCGCCCGAUCCUCUUAAUAUUUAUGUAGCAUGGUGCAUUGCUGCCUAUGAGACCUAUCGACUGGGAGUAGAAGAUAUUAUUUGGGACGAUGCCACCUUGGUCCCUUCCGGAGGCGACGGAGAUCUAUUCCAUGAUUACUUUGAUGAGAGCGACGAAGAAGUCCCUGCGGAGCUAGCCACCGACCUCCAAAAAAGGCGCUUUGCCUGGUUUGCUCGUGGCUGCAAGAGUAGAGUUAGAGCCGCUAAAGAUCGAACAGAUGAGGAUACGUUUCGUUACGCUCUUCGACGACUCCCAAACUUGAAGAGAGUAGUCGUCACGCCGGCUGCUCACGGAUAUCUUUUUGAGCCCCUGUACAAAACACCCAUGAUCGGACCUUUUCCAUAUGGGUUCAUCUAUCCCGUGCCCCGAGGAUGGCCCACGCCCUUGCCUGGACAUGAAUGGGCAUUCGCCAUGCCUUGGUUUGGCGACGACGCUGUUGAAGAAGACAAGAUCUUAUACCAUGGGUUUCAAGUCGUCACAAAGGUCCUAGCUGAAGAGAGGCACAAUGUCACGGAAUUGAUGCUUGACGACCAUCAGCUUAAUACUGGCAUCAACCACUUCGCCUUAAACCAAGGCACGGAAGAAUACGACAAUUUCUUCGAUAUACUAAAGCGACCCAUUUUCCAGAAGCUUCAAUUAUCACUUCUCGUUGGUUUCUAUCUUGGCGAAGAUUAUGAUAUAUAUGACAAUGGGUACUUGUACGAUGCCCUCUAUGAAGCAACCGAUAUGAGGCAUUUUAGCUUCCAUACUGACUUUGCCACGAAUCGACGUUCGUGGACAAUUGAAAUGUAUAAUUAUACGUCGCUAUUCGAUGUCUUUCCCAUCCACAGAUGGCAGCAGCUCACGCAUUUCGGGCUAUCAAACGUACUGGUAGCACAAACCGAUCUUAUCUCUUUACUGUCAAAGUUACCGUCAACAGUACAAUCUGUUGAGCUGAGCUUUCUCACUUUCAUGGAAGGUAACGGCCACUACAUAACCUUGAUGGAGGAUAUCCACAAUAAGCUCAAUUGGAGGCAUCGACCUGUUGAGGGACGGAUCAAGAUCUCUGUCAAGAUCUUUUGUUAUCUAUCGUACUAUGGCCGACAUAUUUGUCUUGACGAGGAGGUCGAAGAAUUUGUCUACAAUGACGGGCCGCAGCCGUUCCAACUUAGACAGCCCGGUAACAGCUCUGAUGUUGACCCGGGAACCGGCGUAUUAAAAGACUUGUUUAAUCCGGCUUGGGAACGACCCAAUGAUUAUUCCCCAGAGAGCAGUUUGGUGUUUCCACGACAGCAGUAG